GGCAUCACAUCUGAGAUCAUUGUUGUUGAACAACAAACGUCUGUUAACUGAAAUAUAUACAAAAAGAAGUAUUAUAAGUGGUAUAACAGCGGCUGAAAUGAGUGAAAACCCUACAACUUCCCAAAACAAAAACAAAACCAAAGAUGAGAAUGAAGCAGUUGCUGAAGGAACAGAGGAGGAUUCCACUAUGGAUGCCAUCCGAAAAUUCUUCUCCCAGAAACUGAAUUUGGUUACAGCUCUCGACGAACAGGAUGGUGCUGAUAAGAAAGCUUUUGACAACUUAACAUUUGAAGGACUAUGCGAUCACUGGAAAUCCAAAGGAUUUAAAAAUAUUAUUACAAUGGUUGGAGCUGGUAUUUCAACAUCUGCCGGUAUUCCAGAUUUUCGUUCACCUGGCUCGGGGCUAUAUGAUAAUUUGCAAAAAUACAAUUUACCCCAUCCAUCGGCAAUAUUUGAAAUGGAUUAUUUUGAAGAAAAUCCUCAGCCAUUUUUCGCUUUGGCCAAAGAGUUAUAUCCCGGUUCAUUUAAUCCAACACCAUCACAUUAUUUCGUAAGACUUUUGCAUGAAAAAGGCCUACUGCUGAGACACUAUACCCAAAAUAUUGAUACUUUGGAACGAAUUGCCGGCAUACCAGAUGAUAAACUGGUAGAGGCACACGGCACAUUUUUUACCAAUCAUUGUUUGGGUUGUCGCAAACUCUAUUCCAUGGAAUGGAUGAAGGAACAAAUUUUCAGCGAUAGUGUACCAACAUGUGAGGAGUGUAAUUCGGUCGUAAAGCCCGAUAUCGUCUUCUUUGGUGAAAAUUUACCGGAAAAGUUUUACACCCUGCCGGCAAAGGAUUUCAAUAAAUGUGAUUUGUUAAUUAUUAUGGGUACCUCAUUGGAGGUACAACCGUUUGCAUCGCUUAUCGAUAGGGCCGGUCCCAAGUGUGUGCGUUUGUUGAUUAAUCGCACCAAAGUUGGUAAUGAUUUUGGUGGUAUUGGCUCGUGGUUUAUGAUGGGUCCUGGUCUUAUGUUUGACAAUCCCAAAAAUACACGAGAUAUUGCCUACAUUGGUGACUGUGAUGAUGGUUGUUUGGCAUUGGCUGAGGCUUUGGGUUGGAAGGAAGAACUGGAUAAACUAAUAAAGAGCGAGCAUGAGCGUUUGGACAAGGAGAAUGCAGAGAGUAAGGAAAAGAUGAAGACGACAACUAAGGAAAAUACAAAAUCGGAUGUUGAUGAAAAGGAUGCUGACGAAACAGAAGGACCAUCAGACGACUCUAAGGCAAAAGAGAAGGAGGCUGUAUAA